AUGACAAUUGUACUUCUGCUCUGCUACAAAAUCAAAUAUCCGAACAAUUUCUUCUUACUGCGUGGGAAUCACGAAGUGGCCAAUCUUAAUAGGAUCUAUGGAUUUCAUGAUGAAUGUAAACGGCGCUACAGUGUCAAACUUUGGAAAACGUUCCAAGAUGUGUUCAACUGUAUGCCGGUAGCCGCACUUAUUGAUAACAAGAUCUUCUGCUGCCAUGGUGGUCUGAGUCCAACGUUGAGGUCGUUAGACCAAUUGAAACGGAUAGCAAGGCCCUGUGAUGUGCAAGAGACAGGUAAAAAUUUAUACAAAAUCUUAUCGAUGAGAAAAUCAGGUUAAAG